UUUCGACGAAGAGAAGCAGAGAGUGAAGGAUUUUGGGUAGGACAUCCUUAGGUCAGCCAUAUUGCGGUGGUCCGUCUGAAGGAGAGAGAGAAGAUGAGGGGGAUCCGGGGAAUAAGCCAGCUAUCGAGGAGGCUUUAUGCAGCCCAGGCUGCCCAUAAGGUGGAUGUUGCGGCAGCCGUGGAGCCAGUAAAGUUUCUGCCGCAGGAAGUGCAGGUGACUAAAUUGCCUAGCGGGUUAGUGAUUGCUUCCUUGGAAAACUAUUCUCCUGCUUCUCGGAUUGGUGUGCUCGUCAGGGCUGGAAGUCGAUAUGAGACGAUCGACAACCUCGGUGUCUCACACUUGCUUCGUCUGGCUGCCAGUCUGACAACCAAGGGAGCGUCUGCCUUCAAGAUCUGCCGCGGUGUUGAGGCUGUAGGGGGAAGCUUGAGUGUGUCAAGUUCCAGGGAAACCAUGGCAUACACUGUAGACUGUCUGAGAGAUCAUAUUGACACUGUUAUGGAGUAUCUGAUCAAUGUGACCACUGCGCCGGAGUUUCGGCCAUGGGAAGUGUCAGACCUCACUGCCAGGGUGAAACUGGAUAAGGAACUUGCCAAGCAGACUCCUCAGAUUGGUGUCAUUGAGAUUUUGCAUGCUGCAGCUUAUAAGAAUGCCCUGUCCAAUUCCUUAUACUGUCCAGACUACAUGCUCGGCCAAAUCACCACAGAACAGAUGCACACCUUUGUUCAGAACAACUUCACAAGUGCAAGAAUGGCCCUUGUUGGUCUUGGUGUGGAUCAUGCCGUACUUAAGCAGGUUGGGGAGCAAUUCCUGAACAUCCGCAGUGGAACAGGCACUGUUGGUUCCGAAGCCGUGUACCGUGGAGGUGAGCUGAGGCAUCAGUCUGGAGGAGGACUGGUUCAUGCGGUCGUGGCGAGCGAAGGUGCAAGUGCAACAUCAGCCGAGGCCACUGCAUUCAGUAUACUGCAGCAUGUGCUUGGAGCAGGACCUCAUGUCAAGAGAGGCUCCAACACUACAAGCAAACUGAGUCAGGCCAUCUCAAAGGUCACCGCUCAGCCCUUUGAUGCGUCUGCCUUCAAUGCCAACUACACUGAUUCUGGUCUGUUUGGAGUUUACACCAUCUGCCAGGCUAACGCUGCCAAAGAUGUAAUCAAAGCAGCAAUCGUUCAAGUGAAUGACAUUGCACAAGGAAACCUUGCAGCAGCUGACCUCAGCAGAGCUAAGAAUCAGUUGACGGCUGAGUACCUGAUGUCUAUUGAGAGUUCUGAGGGCUUAAUGGAAGCAAUUGGUUCACAAGUGCUGGCAGAGGGUGCCUACCAUUCCCCCGAGGCUGUGACCCAGAAAAUCAGUGCUGUGUCUUCGGCUGAUGUUGUCAAUGUUGCAAAAAAAUUCAUGUCUGGCAAAAAGACUAUGGCUUCCAGUGGACACUUGGUCAACACACCUUUUGUUGAUGAAGUCUGAUGGGCACACAUCAGUGCUUUCAAACAUUUUGUCUUUCAACAGUGUCUAACUCUUCAUUUCAUUAUUAUGAAAUGAGGACAUGUUCAGGAUAUCUUUAUUAUUCCUGUCCAAAAAAAUAAAAAUAAUAAUAAGUUUGUCAUCAACAUUUGGUCUUGAUAUUUGUAAUAUAUAAAGUGGAGUAAUCUGAAAAGAAGAACUCAGCACUUGUCCAUUUGAAAUGUAUAGAUGUACAUUAAUAAAGUAUCUUGCAACACCAACAAA